AUGGCUAAGAGCCAGGCUUAUUAUGUGCAGUUUUGGACUCAGAUUUAUCGACAUUUUGUGCGGCUGUAUCACCACCUCCAGCAAUGCUGGAGUGUCAUCGUUAAGGGCUUUUUCACUAAGAAGGAGGAAAAACACAUCCCUCCAGCUGAGAGUAUUUUUCACAAAGAAAAAAUUGUGGUGCUUGGCAAUAUGUUGAAGGAUCAAUCUCUCGCCAUUGAAAAGAGAGCUCAAGCUGCCUAUAAAAUCGGACUAUUGGCCUUUACAGGGGGACCAACUGCUGGAAAUUUUGCAGCUGAGUAUAUGCAAGAUGUAGCUCACUUGUUGCAGAAUUACGAGAUGGUACCAAAAGUAAAGAUCCUGCUUCUCCAGAGUGUGGCGUGUUGGUGCUACUUAAACCCUGUCAACCAGAGAAAAGCCAAACACCUGCAGUUCCUUCCUAUUCUCGUUGGUCUUUUUGAUAACAAACUUGAGCCUAGCACAGAAAGUGAACUAAACAGCAACCUCCUGGUUCAGUUUUGGAGUUGCUAUGUUCUCUCAAUUAUCACCUGCAAUAACUUGGCUUGUAUGAAGGAGCUUAAAGACUACACUUCUCUAAAAUAUCACUUACAAAUGUUGGCCAGUAAGAACUGGUCCGGAUGGCCUGAGAAUUUUGCAGAGGUGCUGUAUUUCCUAAUUGGUUUUCAUAGGAAUUAA